AUGGACGACUCCGGCUGGACAUGGCCGGCUUGGAAGUUUGGGAUGCGGAGGGAUGACCUCUUCACCACCCUUCACGACCAGUACAACACUUUCCUCUCCUCCAUCCAAGAUCCCGACGCCUUUCACCACGAUGUCUUUGAAAUCUCAAACGAAGCCGAGACGGCGAGCGAGUUUCAUCGCCUGAUGGCCGACCGCAAAGCACAGCGGCUCAACGAGCUGAACGAGUCACUCGAGUCCGCCUCGUUCGAGAUCAUUGCCAAUCCCGCCCUUGUCGGCACUACGCAGUGGGAGCACGCCCUGCAGCUGUUCCGAACGCGUUCGCUCGACUCUCUCGUCCGCUUUUUCGCCUCUUACCUUCCCGUCGACCAUCCUUGGCAUCGCGACAUCUCGGACAUGUCGACAAGUCAGACCGAGAUGUCUACCACUACGCAAAAAGCCAAGUUUGACGAUCGUGGACUCACAGAGGAACCUCUCUGCUACUCCUCCGCAACUUCGUCUCUCGCGCACGAGCAGCUCCCCCCUUCCCCCCGCUCGCUCACGCUCUGCUCCGACAGCUCGGAUCCGACCCAUUCGAUGUGCGACUUUGACAACCUUACCCCACGCACUCUCUCCUUUUCCGGCUCUGAGCCGUAUCCUUACAGCGACGAUCUGAAACGUGGUGACCUCAACUAUCACGACGAUGCCUCUUCGCAGUCCUCUGGGCCAGAGACGCCAACUUCUGUCUCGGAGCUCGGCGAGGAUACAGACCGUGACAACGAUCCUGUCUCGUCGCGCUCUCCCGUCAUCGAGAUCGCGUCUGAGUGCGCCGAUGACGACGAAUGCUUACCUUCGCAGCUACCGCAAGACAUCGGAUCUUGCAUCAAAACAAAAUCAUCGCCAGUGACAACGCUGGCACCACCAUCAGCCAAAGCCGCUUCCGUCACUUGCAGUCCCAUCUUCUUCGACAUUGUGAAACCGACGCCUCUGUCUGCUCGGCAUCGGAGUCGGAGCCUCUCACCCUUGCCAGCAGGCCACCUCACCGAGGUUGCCGCACCGUCUACGCAGGCGGAUUGUCGUAAAGCGAUUGCCGCCCAUCGCCCGCUGAGACGGAUGUCCCGAGAGGACUACGAGUCGGCGACGCAGCGUGGCAGACAGUCUCUGCGCUGCCUUAGCAGAGGCAGAGAACUGCGACUUCACGAGGCUGCGAGCCGCAUACAAAAAACACGUCCUGUGCAGACAAGACUGCGCGAACGGAGAGAAAGAGAAGCGAGCAAAAUUCGGCGCUAA